UCGGCCCAAUCUGGCAACCCGGAUGUGACAGUCAGUUCAAACAAACAUGGCGGACGCUGCACAGCCUGAACCGGAGCAGGAAUUGGAGAUCAAGAUCCAGGAAACGCGUCAGAGGUUUAAAAAUGAGUUCGUUCAAGACUGCAUGCAGAAGUACGACAGCAGAGAUGUUGAGCGACUGCUGAAAGACGACGCUCUGGUGGAGAGCUACCUGACCUGGAGGCACUUCGUGGUGGACGACACGCUCAAGAUGAUCGAUGAGAGUUUUCAGUGGAGAAAAGAGUUUCAGCUGAACGAUCUGACUGAGAGCAGCAUUCCCAGCUGGAUGUUUCAAACUGGAGCAGUUUAUCUUCACGGCUAUGACAAAGAAGGCAACAAACUCUUCUGGUUCAGAGUGAAGCUUCACGUUAAAGACACUAAGACGAUUCAGGACAAGAAGAAAUACGUGGCUUUCUGGCUGGAGCGCUACGUUAAGCGUGAACCCGGGAUGCCUCUAACUGUGGUCUUCGACAUGUCUGAGUCCGGCAUCAGCAACAUCGACAUGGACUUUGUGAAGUACGUCAUCAACUGCUUCAAAGUGUAUUAUCCCAAAUCACUGUCUAAAAUGAUCCUGUAUGAGAUGCCCUGGAUAAUGAACGCUGCGUGGAAAAUCGUUAAGACGUGGCUCGGCUCAGAGGCCAUCAGUAAGCUGAAAUUCGUCUCCAAGGGUGAAGUCCAGACCUACAUCGAUGCUGAACAUCUCCCUCCUCAUAUGGGAGGAACGGACCAGUUUAAAUACAGCUACCCGCCGCUCCCGGACGACGACUUCCAGUCCCCAAUGUGUGAGAACGGGCCGAUCGUUAGCGAGGAUGAAAGCGAGACAAAGGACACGGAGUCGGAGUGUAAAGAAAGUCUGGACUCCAGCUUCAACAUGGAACAAGCCGUCAAGAUCAGAAAGGUGAAUUUUGCAGAAGAAUCGGACAAAACCGAAAGUAAACUGAGAGGAGCCAGGAAACCUCUGACCACGUUUCAGGGCACUUUGCUGCAUGUCAGUCCAGCAGAGGAACUCAGUUUUGGCUUCAGAGAAACAGAGAAAAAGUGUCUCAUCAUCCUGAACAACAUCACCAAAAAUCAAGUGGCCUUUAAGGUACGAACAACGGCGCCAGAAAAAUACCGUGUUAAGCCAAGCAGUAGCAUCUGUGAGCCUGGUGCUAAUGUAGACAUUUUAGUUUCAUUACAUGGAGGCUUCCAGGCUUCUCCUCAGGACAGGUUCUUGAUCAUGGCAGCUGAGAUGGAGCCAAACUCUGGAACAUCUGAUCUUUCUCAGUUCUGGAAAGAAGUAUCGAAAUCAAAAAUCAUGGAGCACAGGCUUCGGUGUCACGUUCUCGAGCCUCCUAAAUCUAUUCUGAGCAAUUCGAAUGACAGCAUUUCUGUCACUUCUGCUAACAGUACACAUGAUGUUCACACAGCACUCUCGCGGAUCAUGGCCACUAAUUCCCGUCUGGAACAGCAACUGGAGACGUGUUUAUGGGUACAGAAGGUUCUUCUUCUCAUGGUUUCAGUUCUGAUGGCUUUCAGUUUCUGCACCAUGUAUUCACUGUGGACCUCAUAGACUGGACAGAUUAGUAAAUAAAUCCAAUACAUGACCAAUAAGCUGCUGAGGAUCAGAGGAUCUGUAUGACAUCACAGGCUCCCGUGACGCCUCUGACCGAACUUAGCGGAGAAAUUCCUGUGAUCAAGAAUUUAUUACUCACGUAUUAGUAAUGUUAUUAACGAUGUAUUUUUUAUGACUCAUCAUGAAAUGUUUAAUUUAUAUCGGAUGCAGUGUAGCUUGUAUAGUAAUUAUUAAACAACAUCAUUUUUGUGAUCAAUGUAUAAAUCAAAGAAACAGGUUUAUAUAUUAAAAAAUAAAUCUUUUUGUUAA